AUGCAAACUCAACGGGCGAUCAAGUGCGCUGAACUUGUCAACACUAAUGCCAACUCGUCCAGUGGGGACCCCAAGUCCUCAAAAGACGCGAUCGCGCUGUCUGGAGACGCUCCAGCAUCUUCGGAUGAGAACUUGAAAUCGGACUUGGACGAUGACGACAUGGAGUCGGAUGCCGAUGCCGAUGGGAGCGACGCUGAUGGCGAAGACGAAGAUCACGACUGCGAUGACGUUGACAUGGGUUCGUCCGCAUCCCCUGCCGUCUCCUCAAAGACCACGAAAGCGACGGUUACACCCUCGGCUAGCCAAGGGAGAAUCGACGCCGCGGCCUCGGUCUCCGACCGUGCUGAACCAUCCACACAAGGCUUGGAGCAAGAGGGUGAUAGGAACCACCAACCCUUCAGUGGUGGCCAAGACCUGAAUGUUGGUCAACGCUUUUCGUCGUCGGACGAUACGGCCAAUGCCGCCAACGGCCAGGCGAAGGUCCCACCUCCCCCGACGUGA